AUGUCCGUGUUGGGCGUCUCUUCCUACUUUUUGUGGACGCAGAAGGGUAAGACGGUGUUGCCGUUAGUUCGUGGCAGUGGAUUUCUCGUGUCGUUUCAACAGAUUGGGGGUUUCUAUAGGUAUCACGUCCUGGGUGCGGCUCACGUGACGUGCCCUGUGAAGUAUCGGCAAAUAUACGGGGACACGGUUGGUCUUCGGGCGAUUGGUGAGCGCCACAUUAGCACAAAGUUGUUGAAGCCAGGGAGCAAAGGCGCGGUAGAGGCAUCGAUCGAUUUAGAAUUUGCCCAGACAUACCUCCCAAACGUGGAUGUCUCGUCGCUUAGGUGCAAGGAUGAAAGGCAGUUAAGUGAGAGUUGUUUGCGGGCGUUUGAAUUGGACCUGGGCCCUAUCAAGGAGGGUACAGAGCUUCUAUUUUGGGGGGUGAAAGCGGAGGAGGAGAGAGCCAAUCCAAACGAUGACGGACUACGUCUGAAAGAAGCUUGCAUCGAGGGCGAAUGCCGGGCGGCCCUCGUCUCCCUCGACUACGGCACCGUGGUCCUGGCCUCGUUGGGGUCUCCUCUUGUUUUGAGCAUGUGUGGCGGGCCUGUGGUUCGGAAGGACAACGGGCGCUGUGUUGGUGUCAUUGUCGCUCAGGCCUUGAAGAACGCGCCACCGUCGGACCCCCAGGUGACUCCGCUGUGCCAAGAUCCGUGGUUGGAUCUCUCGCACAACGAGGUAAUUCACACCUGUGGGAAGUUCAAUGUGGCGUUUGUCCCGGUUCGGGAGUUCUAUGACCCGCUGCGACGCUGCGAAAUGUGA